UGUAAAGACGCAUAUUGUGUGUUUACAGUGGACCUUUGGAUGAGGCCACACAGUCUGUGGUCCACACACACCUCUAUAACUCUGCUGGAGCUGAUAUAUUGAGUGUUCCGUCACCAUGGAGUCAGAGGAAGAAGCUGGAUUAAGCCCAGUUGUUGCACAGGAGUCUGACAAUGAAUCCAUGAAGUCCGUUGCAUCCCGAACCUCUCGAACAUCCCGAACCUCUCGAGGAUCACGAACCUCUCGGGCCUCGGCAUCAUCCAGGGCAUCACGUAGAUCAAGUGUGAGCAGCGCUGGAAACAUGAGUGAAGACGAUGCUGACAGAAGAUCAGGUGGUGGGAGUGAUAGUGAGGUUGAAGAGAGGCGAUCGGUGAUGGACAGUGAGGAUGAAGAAACACAACCUCGCAAGAUUGAUCCUAAAUCUCCUCAGAGUCCUCCUGCAAGUGGCGACGAACAGAAACAGAAGGUAUCAGAGGAAGUUUUUGGUGCCUCGGAUUCUGAGCCAGAAGCAGGCGGCAGUAAGCCAGGCAGCAGGGCUGGCAGUCGUUCAGGGAGCAGAGCUGGCAGUGGCUCAAGGAGCAGGUCAAGAUCCAGAAGUAAGUCGGGGAGCCGGGCAGGAAGUGGAUCUCGUAGUAGGUCUCGUUCUCGCAGUAAGUCUGGAAGUAGAGCAGGAAGUAGAUCCCGAAGUCGCUCUCGAUCAAGAAGUAAGUCUGGCAGUAGAGCGGGCAGUGGAUCUCGCAGCAGGUCACGUAGCAAGUCUGGCAGUCGAGCCGGUAGUGGUUCCCGUAGUCGUUCUCGAUCUCGUAGCAAGUCCGGAAGCAGAUCUCGAUCUAGAAGCAAGUCAGGGAGUAGAUCCAGAUCCCGCAGCAAAUCAGGGAGCAGAUCCCGCAGCAAGUCAAGAAGCAGAUCCCGGAGCAAAUCAGGAAGCAGAUCCCGCUCCAGAAGUAAAUCUGGAAGUAGAUCACGUUCUAGAAGCAAGUCCAGGAGCAAAUCCCGCUCCCGAAGCAAAUCUAGAAGUCGAUCACGAUCCAGAAGUAAGUCAGGCAGUAGAUCUGGUUCUGGAAGCAGAUCUCGCUCAAGAAGCAAGUCCCGUUCAAGAAGCAAGUCCCGUUCAAGAAGCAAAUCUGGGAGUAGAUCUCGUUCAAGAAGCAAGUCUGGAAGUCGGUCCCGCUCUAGAAGCAGGUCACGGUCUAAGAGUAAAUCACGAUCUAGAAGCAGAUCCAGGAGUGGAUCUCGGUCUCGUAGUAGAUCUGGGAGUCGAGCAAGUGCAAGAAGUGGCAGUGGUCGUUCAAGAUCACGCUCAAGGUCAAGGAGCGGUUCAGACGCAGGCACUUCACCCAAGAAACGCAAAGUUUUGUCUGAUUCAGAUGGUUCAGGGUCAGAUGUAGUAAAACAUAAGAAAGUUAAACGUAAGAGGAAGACCAGUGGAGGAGGUUCUGGUGGAGUAAGUGAUUCUGACGAUGAAGUUCCUCGCUCCAGCAAGAAAGUUAAGAAGCGCAAGAAAACUAUGCUCAGCGGAAGUGACAGUGACUCUGGCCCAGAGAGAGGUAAAAAUGCAAAAUCCAAAGGCAGUGAUAGUGAAGCAGGUUCUGAUAAGGGCCCAAGUCGUCCAGGCAGUGCGGCGGCUGGAGACAAGUUAGGCGUUGAGGAUAGGGGAGAGGUUUCAAAGCCCUUGCCACAGUUGUCAGACAGUGAGGAUGAAGCAUUGCGUGACCAGAUGAGACAAAGUAACGAAAUGCCUGAAUUCGUCAAUGAUUUUGAAAUGAUGAUGGCCAAGAAAAAAGAGGAGGGAGGUAAACACCGAAGGAGGAAAAAUAAUGUGGACAUUAUUAAUGACAAUGAGGAACACAUUGCCAUUAUUGUGAGGAAGAUGCGUCAAGCUGCAGAUGAGGACCGUCAGCUAAAUGCUCGACGAAAGCCUGCAACUAAGAAGAGUGCCAUGCUUGAACUUGCAAUGGCACAAAUCAACAAACAUAAUCUAAUUGAAGGGUUCCUAGAUGCCAACAUUUUAUCAGCUUUAACAGACUGGCUGGCUCCUAUGCCUGAUCGCUCUCUGCCCGCUGCAAAAAUUCGAGAGGCAGUAAUCAAAUGGUUACUCCAGUUACCGCCCUUAUCACAAGACAUGUUGAAGACUUCCGGGAUUGGGAAAGCUAUUAUGUAUCUCUACAAACAUCCAAAAGAACUCAAGCAUAACAGGGAGCGUUGUGGUAGACUCAUUUCAAUGUGGUCACGGCCAAUAUUCAAUGUGUCGGACGACUUCAAAACCUUGACUCGUGAGGAGCGUUUAGAGAGAGAUAUGGAGUUGCACCAGAACUCGGGCGUCACGAAGAAAGACGAAAUACAGCUGGAUGAAAAUGCGAAACCUAUACGACCUGGAGAGCCGGGUUGGUGUUACAGAGCUCGUGUACCACGUCCAUCAGGAAAAGACUAUGUCAACAGGCCCAAAUGGCAGUCAGAAGUGGAUAUCAGUAGGGCUACAAAGAAGGAGAUGAGUCGGAUAGAUAAACACAUGCGGGCAUUCCAAGAGAAGAAACGGUUAUCCAAAGCUCGCCGCGCAGUUACCAUAAGUAUCGAGGGUAGAAAUAUGACACUCUAAUUUUAAAGAUACUCUUAAUACUUUCAUAAUUAUUAUUUCAUGUAUAUAUUCAGUAACUUGAAAUGCUGACAGGACUUAGUUUUCUGACACCAUUAAUAAAUAUAUUCCCUUCAGCUGACAACUUAAAACUCUUCCUAGUUAAGUGAAGAAAGAAAACAGGGAUUAAGACAACAUUGAAAUCUUAAGGGGAAAAUUUGACUUCAAUGUUGACUUGUGUUUGUAUCCUUUAGGCCAACAAUAUAACAUAAUUUGUGAACAACCUUCCUGCGACACAGUAUCUUGUCGCUAUUUCUUUUAACUUGUGGGAAAGUUUGCAUCCACUGGCAAGGCUGUGAGUGAUUUGUUUUUAACAGCUUUCAAACACAGAACACAGUAUUUAGGUUAAUUUCUUCUUUCAUUGUGUAGUGUUGAUAUUAUUUGUACCAGUGAUUGUGUAAAGUUGGAUAAAGGCAUUUUUUUUAAGUAAGAAACCGUGUUAAAGCUAUUACUGUAGCAAGAUUUGUCAUAAUAUUUUGUUACAUCUAUCCGUGGUUUACAUUCAGGGACAAUUUUUAUCAUACUGUACAUUACAAACUAUAUUUCUCAAUUUGGAAAAGUUAAAUUAAAUAUUUUUUUUUCAUGUUCAUCAAGGAACAGUUUUUGUGCACUGUAUAUACUCGCUGGCUUUGUCAUUAAGAAGUUAAUUAUUCUAGUUCGUAUAAGCCCCAUGUGAAUAAUGUGUGUACUUGAGAUUCUGUUGGUUGGUGUGACUAUGAGGGAGGUGUUAAUGCACAAACUAUCAGUAUUGUCUAGGUGAUGGAUAUACUGUACUUGUUCAGGAAACAUCCACCAAUAUAUUGGUACUUUUUCAUAACUGCUGCAUAUUACAGUGUGUGUGUAUCCUAUUACCCAAGACAUUUGUAAAUUCUCAAAAAUGAAGACCGGUUACAAUUUGAAGUGUUUACCUUGUAGUGGCUUGUUCAGACAUUUUUGUAGAUUUGUGUACCACAGUUGCCCAAGUGGAAUUUGCUAUUUACGUAUAAUAAAGGUAUGAUUAUAA